AUGGAGAAUGCUCAUAAAAUAAAAUUAUCUGAAAGACUAUCUUCAUUAGUUCGCCCUAGACAUUAUCAAUUGAAUUUAAAUCCUAAUUUAGAAACGGGGCUAUUUCAUGGAGAAGUUAUAAUAGACAUAAAUGAUAAAGACUACAGUAAUUACCAAUUAGAACUAAAAUUUACUGGUAAUCUAACUCGUUAUAUAAUUGGGUUUUAUUUAUCGAACUUGAAAAAUAAAGGUGCAAUGGUAACAAGUAAAUUCCAGCCGACUUAUGCUCGCCAAGCAUUUCCAUGUUUUGAUGAACCUGAAUUUAAAGCAACAUAUGAUAUCACCUCGGUCAAACCUUUGAAUUAUGUGGCACUAUCUAAUAUGAAUGAGGCCAAAAUUAAUACAAAUGGAAAUGGACUGAAUUUCAAUUUAAGUAACGUUGUCUCUGGAAGAUGGAGAGAAAUGGAUAAAAAU